AUGGAGGCCGGAGCGGGCUGCCGGCUGCAGGUGCUGGGAGAGAACGAGGCGCUGCAGCAGUUCUUCAGUGGUCAGGAUGUUAGUGGUGUGUUGGACAGUUCUGUCGCAGUGGAUACAAGCAUCCUGGAGCAGUACCUCAGCAAUGACAUGGACCCCAACAGCUUCAUGCUCCCUGAGUCUCCUCCUGACUCGAGUUCGGAGGCCUGUUCACCUGCUCAGAUACCAGACUUCCACUACAAGCCGCCCUAUUGGUCCAACCAGCAGAACACCCAGAAGGUGUUUGAGCCAACACACCAGCCGGCCCCCUCGUCGUCCUGUCCCUUUAAGGAUCGAGACCCUGCCCAACAUGAGCUGCUGACCCACGAACAGCUCCGCAGUUUGGGCCUCACAAACAUUUGCGUCAAGUCUGGGACCUCACCUGCUCCACCUGCCCCCAUGCACCAGCACACACACCACCUACCUGAACACCCACACUACCUGAGUGCAGAGAGCUGCGCGCAGGUUUAUACCCCUCCCACACCUCCUUCCCCACCAUUGCCCCCCUCGAACAGCUACGCCACAGCAUGCACUGGUCCAGGUCUGGUCCCAACUUUGUCCAUGCCCCCUUCAACCUGCCUGCAGGGCUCCACCAUGCUGCACACCUGCUCCCCAGAGAGUAAAAAGAGGAGGAGAUCUGAGUCUGAGGAACCAUCAGCAGGACUGGAGGCCGCUGGCAGUGAAGGUGGCAGUGUAGGGAACGGCGCAGGUGGUUUUGCAUCCUACCAGCUUCUGACAUGGGAACAGUACCGGCCGGAACAUUGGAGCGCUUUAUACGACAGCACCUACCAGACACUGUGUCCUCCGGCCUACCACGUCGACACAGAUAAAGGUUUCAACUACUCUGCACCUGACGAGGCGUUUGUCUGCCAGAAGAAGAACCACUUCCAGGUCACCGUUCACAUCGGUGUCGCCGCCGAGCCACAAUACUUAGGAACGCCCAGCGGUCCGCAGACAGUUGACCACUUCCAGAUAAAAGUGUUCGGGGUCAAGCUGGAAUCUCCAAGCCACCAGGUGACCAUUGAGCAGUCUCAGCCCGACCGCAGCAAGAAGGCCUUCCACCCCGUCAGGGUCAGUCUGCCAAGUGGUAAGAUUACCAAGGUAACUAUCGGCCGGCUGCACUUCAGCGAGACGACGUCCAACAACAUGAGGAAGAAAGGCAAACCCAACCCUGACCAGAGAUAUUUUCAGAUGGUGGUUGGUCUGUACGCUGCAGUGAGAGGAGACGAGACGUUCCUCCUCACAGCUCUGGUGUCCGAGAGAAUCAUCGUCCGGGCCUCUAACCCUGGUCAGUUUGAGAUGGACGGGGACGCCCUGUGGCAGCGCGGGGCGGUGCAGGACGCCGUGGUCUGUCAAGGUCGAGUGGGCAUCAACACCGACUCCCCCGAUGAGGCGUUAGUCGUCUGCGGGAACGCCAAAGUGAUGGGCGCCGUCAUGCAGCCGUCCGACUCCCGCGCCAAGGAAAACAUACAGGAGGUUGACUCUGAGCAGCAGUUGAAGAGAAUCACUCAGAUGAGAAUCGUUGAGUUCGAUUAUAAACCCGUGUUCGCCUCCACCAUGGGAAUAGACCACACCCACCAGACAGGUAUAAUUGCUCAGGAGGUGAAGGAGCUGCUGCCUUCAGCGGUGACGGAGGUCGGAGACAUUUCCUGUUCUGACGGAGAGAAGAUUCAUAACUUCCUCAUGGUGGACAAAGAGCAGAUCUUCAUGGAGAACGUGGGGGCGGUGCAGCAGCUGUCAAAGCUCACCGACAACCUGGAGACUCGAAUCAACGACCUGGAGGUUUGGAACGUCCGACUGGCGAAGCUCAAGAGCCUGACAGGCAGCCUGCGCUCCACCGGGUACCUUCAGAAACACAGCAGUGUGUCGAUGACGCCGAGUCCUGCCGACUGUAAGACCGGGGGGGUUCAGAAGGUCGGCUGGAGUCAGAAGUGCAGCGACUGUCUGCGGCACAAAGCGUUCCACGCCAGCGUCUUCACCCUGCUGGCCACCAUGGCGUUCUGCGUGAUCUCCAUCACCGCUCUGUACCUCCUCAAUCUGAAGGAGGAGGACUUCAACGCAAGUAACGAAAGUGUGGAUCCUUUGCAGACGACAGCCGGGAGCAGUACAGUCCCACCGACCAGCCCACCGGGCCCCUGGCCGCCAGACGUGGACUUCUGUGAGCUGCUGUACUGUGAACAUGUGUACUGCUGCCCUCCACCUGUAGGGGGCAGCACUGACUCCAACAUCACCUCCACGGAAGAGUCUGAUAUGACAGAAAGAAGAAAAGAAAAACUUUAUCACAAGCUGAAAGAUUCCAGAGACUGGACAAACACCACCAUCCAAUCCUUCAUGAUCAAAGAGAACCAGCAGGUGAUUGACAGCAAAUACUGCGGCGAAUGUGGGCCCGGUAGAUACACCUACAGAGUUCCCAUCAGCCAGUUUGUCCCAGAGAACAUGAGAGUCACUCUGCUCAUGAAUUCCACAGAGCUGCUGGUGGUUUAUCUGUGCAGCCUGGAUGAGCUGGCGGCCUGCUCUGCUCUGCUGGAUAUAGACGCUGUCACUGGGAGCAGAUACCUGACAAACACACAGGGAGAACACGAAUGGCCUCUUAAUGUCGCUCGUCUUUAUCACAGCUCGUACCACUUUCGCUCCACAGUGGCCGGUCAGGCAAACUGCAGUACCGACCGUCACUAUGAGGGGGCGCUCUUCACUGACUACCACUUCCACUUCUACAGACGCUGCACAGACUCAUAG